AUGGCCACCAUAGCCUGCACAGCUUCAAAGCCCCUCUCUUCAACCACCCACCCUCUAAUCUCUCUUCUCGAGAUCUGUGAAUCCAUGGACCAGCUUCAGCAAAUUGACUGUCGAGCAAUCAAAACAGGUCUCACUCCCAACCCAGUUCUUCAAAACAGAGUAAUGGCCAUUUGUUGUACCUACGAAUGCGGCGACUUGAAAUAUGCUCCUCACCUGUUUGAUGAAAUGCCUGAACCGAAUUUGUUCAUCUGGAACACCAUGAUCAGAGGCUUCCGGUUGGAUUCUCCUGAGCUUGGAGUUUCUUUGUACCUGGAAAUGUUGAGGAGAGGUGUUAAGCCUGAUAAUUACACCUUCCCUUUUCUGUUCAAGGGAUUUACAAGAGACAUUUCAUUGCAAUGUGGAAGUGAGCUUCAUGGCCAUGUUCUGAAGCAUGGGCUGCUGUCUAAUGUCUUUGUUCACACUGCUUUGGUACAAAUGUAUCUUUUGUGUGGCCUACUGGACAUGGCUCGUGGGGUCUUGGAUGCUGGUUCUAAGGCUGAUGUGAUUUCUUGGAAUAUGAUGAUUGCUGCUUACAAUAAAGUUGGGAAGCUUGAGGAAUCAAGAAGACUUUUUCUUGGUAUGGAGGAAAGACAAGUGCUGCCCACCACGGUGACCCUUGUUUUAAUCCUUUCAGCUUGCUCCAAAUUGAAGGAUUUCAAAACUGGGAAGCACGUUCGUAGUUGUGUGAACAACUGCAAGGUUGAGAGCAAUUUGGUUCUUGAAAAUGCUCUGAUUGAUAUGUAUGCUGCUUGUGGGGAAAUGGAUUCUGCCCUUGAGAUUUUCAGAAAUAUGAACAACAAGGAUAUCAUAUCUUGGACGACCAUUGUAUCUGGGUUUACCAACUUGGGAGAGAUUGAUGUUGCUCGGAACUACUUCGACCAAAUGCCUGAGAAAGACUGUGUUUCCUGGACUGCCAUGAUUGAUGGAUACCUCCGCAUGAACCGAUUCAAGGAAGCAUUCGAGCUAUUCCGCCAUAUGCAAGCAAUCAGUGUAAAGCCUGAUGAGUUCACUAUGGUCAGUAUUCUUACUGCUUGUGCACAGCUAGGGGCCCUGGAAUUAGGAGAAUGGAUAAAGACUUAUAUCGAUCGGAACAAGAUCAAUAAUGAUGCAUUUUUUAGAAAUGCUUUAAUAGACAUGUACUUCAAGUGUGGAAAUGUUGACAAAGCAGAAAGAGUAUUCAGAGAGAUGCACCAGAGAGACAAGUUUACCUGGACAGCCAUGAUAGUUGGCCUUGCAGUUAAUGGCCACGGUGAGAAAGCUCUUGAUAUGUUUUCUAAAAUGCUAGAAGCUUCAAUUUUGCCAGAUGAUGUUACUUACAUUGGAGUUCUUGCUGCCUGUACUCACACCGGCAUGGUCGAUAAAGGACGAGAGUUUUUCCUUAGCAUGACAACCCAACAUGGUAUUGAACCCAAUAUAACACACUACGGUUGUCUGGUUGAUCUUCUUGCUAGAGCUGGUCAUCUAAAAGAAGCCCAUGAAGUUAUCAAGAACAUGCCAAUAGAACCCAAUUCAAUUGUCUGGGGGGCUCUUCUAGCUGGUUGUAGAGCUCAUAGAGAAGCCGAUAUGGCCGAAAUGGUUGCAAAGCAGAUUCUCGAGUUGGAGCCUGAGAACGGUGCAGUCUAUGUUCUCCUGUGUAAUAUAUAUGCAGCUUGCAAGAGAUGGAAUGACCUGCGAGACCUGAGACAGAUGAUGAUGGACAAAGGAAUCAAGAAAAUACCUGGUUGCAGUUUGAUAGAGAUGAACGGCACAGUUCACGAAUUCGUAGCUGGGGACCGGUCACACCCUCAAACCAAAGAAAUUGAUGUUAAGCUAGAAAAAAUGACCCAAGACCUGAAAUUUGCAGGGUAUUCACCUGAUACCUCAGAAGUGUUCCUUGAUAUAGCAGAAGAGGAUAAAGAGAAUUCAGUCUUUCGUCACAGUGAGAAGCUGGCCAUUGCUUUUGGACUCAUUAAUUCACCGCCUGGGGUCACAAUUAGAAUUGUGAAGAACCUUAGAAUGUGCCUGGACUGUCACAGUCUAGCAAAGUUGAUCUCAAAGGUGUAUCAUAGGGAAGUAAUUGUUAGGGACAGAACCAGAUUCCACCAUUUCAAACAUGGUUUAUGUUCGUGUAAAGAUUACUGGUGAUGGCGUUGAAUUCUUGAAUCGA